AUGCUGGCGGUGGCCACCAGAGCAGGGCGGCGCUCCCUCCGCCGCCUUUCCCUCCUUCCAUUGUCCUCAUCCCAUUCCUCUGGUCUCGCCGGCGAGACGCGGACGCAGAAGCUGGAGCGGAUCGCCGACGAGCUCCUCGACCUGAACAAGCUCGAGAGGUACGAUUACUCCAUCCUCUUCCGCCUCAAGCUGGGGCUCAACCGUUGGGGUCCCGCCGGCGGAGGGGUCCAGACGCCGUCGUCUGGUGGCGCCGGGACUGAGAAGGGAGCGGCGGCAGCGGUGGCGGAGAAGACGACCUUCGACGUGAAGCUGGAGAAGUUCGACGCGGCGGCGAAGAUCAAGGUGAUCAAGGAGGUGAGAGGUUUCACGGACCUAGGGCUGAAGGAGGCCAAGGAACUGGUGGAGAAGGCACCUGUGGUAGUGAAGAAGCAGCUAACGAAGGAAGAGGCUGAGAAGAUCGCCGCCAAACUGAAAGAAAUCGGGGCGACAGUUGUCCUGGAGUGA